AUGCCGAUUCCACACCUCCAACCCACGCCCACGGGCAAGCAGCUCAUAGUAGAUGACAAGCCCUUUCUCAUGCUCGCUGGCGAGCUGCAAAACUCUUCCAUGUCAUCUGCCGAGUACAUGCGUACUGUGUGGCAGAAGCUGACCGCGGCCAGCGUGAAUACGGUCUUGGGCGCCGUACAAUGGGAGCAGAUUGAACCCGAGGAAGGUAAAUUUGAUUUUGCUGAGUUGGACCAAGUCAUCUUCGAUGCCAGACAACAUGGUCUUCGGCUGGUCCUCUUGUGGUUUGGGUCUUUCAAGAAUGCCACGUCCAUUUAUACACCUGGAUGGGUGAAAACAAAUCAGAAAAGAUUCCCUCGCGCGAGACUCCGACAAGCCGGUGGAAGGAUAGAGAUAGCCGACACGCUGUCCGUCUUCCAAGAGGAAGGGCCCGCAGCCGAUGCCAGAGCCUUUACAAAGCUCAUGGAGCACAUCAUGGAGAUAGAUGAGCAGCAUUCGACAGUCAUCAUGGUGCAGGUCGAAAACGAAUGUGGCAUCCGUGGCGACUCUAGGGAUGGCAGUCGAUUGGCUGACGCCAGGUACUAUGCUCCCGUGCCUCAAGAUCUGCUUUCAUUCUUGAGCAACGACUGGGAGAACCUGCACCCAUCGCUGAAGGCCAAUCUGCAGCAUUCCAAAUUCAAGACCACAAUCUCCGACAGCUCAAAGAACAAGUCAUGGGAGUCGGUCUUCGGCACAGGCGCGCAGACCGACGAGCUCUUCAUGGCAUACCAUUACGCGCGAUACGUCGAGAAGGUCACAAGCGCCGGCAAAGCGGCGUACCCGCUCCCGAUGUACGCCAACGUGUGGCAAAACUACAAGGGCGAGGACAAGGACCUCAACUUCAAAGGCGUGGUCGUGGCCGGCGGCGGCGCGCCAGGCGAGUACCCGUCCGGAGGCGGCGUGGCCAACGUGCUCGACGUCUGGCAGCAGUUCGCGCCUUCGUUGGACUUCGUCGCGCCCGACGUCUACCUCAACGACUACGUCAGUUCGUGCCGCAAAUACCGCCACCGCAACCAGCCGCUGUUUAUCCCCGAGCAGCGGCGUGACGAGUACGGUGCCCGGCGCGUGUGGGCGGCCUAUGGCACGUACGCCGCGCUCGGGACCGCCCCGUUCGGCAUCGACACCCUCGACCCGGCCACCAACCCGUUCAAGCUGCAUUACGGCCUCCUGGCCCAGAUGGCCCCCUACGUCCUCGCCGCACAGGCUCGCCCGAAUGCCAGCUUCGGCUUCUUCUUCGACGAGCUCGCUGCCGACGGCUCCGACCCGAGCCCGCCCAUCACGACGUUCUUUGGCGACUGGGUCGUCCGGGUCGAACGGUCGUUUGUCUUCGGUCGUCCGGGACCGGGCUUCGGCAUGAUCAUCCACCAGGGCGGUGCGCGCUUCCUGUUGAUCGGCUCCGGCUUCCAGCUGGUCUUCUCGUCCCGCGACCCUGGCAAGACGUUCACGGGCAUUCUGCGCUACCGGGAAAAGAUCGUCGUCGGCCCCGGUGAGCUGGCGGACGGCCGCGUGCUCAACGGCGACGAGACCCGCACGGGGAAGUUGGUCAUCAUGCCGGGCGAGGACCCGGACUAUGGCGGUUACCCUAUCUGUGUGACCAUCCCGGCGAGGACCCGCGUCGCCGAGGUCGAGAUCUACGCUCUGGGAGAGGAGGAGAACGACGACGACGACGACGAAGCCGGACUGAAUGGAGUUGAUGGACCGGUUGAUGACGAUGACGGGUUCUCCUUGGUGGAAAGACUGAAGAAGCAAACCAUCGCUGCGGUCAAUUGA